AUGGCAGAUAAUUCACCAUCUGCGUCUACCAUAUCUCUGCUUCCCGAUUCCAAGGAUGCCGCUUCACCGUCGGCAUCCACUGCACAACUGAUACCCAAGGCACUGCCGAAGCCAAAGGACUAUGAGGCCGCCCUCGGAGCCUUGGCAACGUCGUACGGGUGGGGUGCCGGUAUGGCCCCAACCACCGCACUCAAGCAGCCGAAGGCGAAAUCGAAAGCACCUGUCAAGCCUGACACUGGAUCUUCCGGUGCUCAACCAUCUCGUAAAUGA